AUGCAGGACGAGGCUGCUGACCCUCCCACCAGCGCAGCGCCAUUCCUCGAGGCAGCGAGGAAGUGGCUCAUAUCUACCCCGUGGGUAUCUGCUCAAGACGCAGCCGGUGAAUCCACUGCCACAACGGUGCUUUGCGAGCUGAUGGAACUCAGUCGCCUGUGGCACCUCCUCUACACCGUGACAGUGCAGUGUGCAGUGCAGCAAUCGGCACCCUACGGAACUCAGAGCCGGUCCGUCUCGUCGUUCUCAGCGCCGACAAGCAGCACACCGAUGACCUGCACGGCAGUGCGGCAGCGCUUUCAGCGUUUGCUCAAGCACAGCAAUGCCUACGUGCAAGAGUUUUACCGCGCCACUCGUAACACGGACGCGAUUCUGCCACCAACGACUGGCAAACCUGCAGGCGCGGCACCAGCGGCGCAGGCGUCUUGUGUGUGCGUUGCGGACAUCGACGCUGCCGACGUGUUCUGGGCGCUCAUCCUGUACGCGUCGGCCGCUCUCUGUUGGAGACAGCAGCGCUUCCUCACAACGCAGCUCCGCGCAGACGCCUACGCUGAAGACGUAGUGAGCAGCUCCCAAGGUACGUCAGUGCACCACCCAGUGCACCCCCACACCUCAUCUCGAUCGUCGCGGCAGGAGAGCACGCACUCAUCACUGAGCUCCACGACGGACGACCUCAUCGAUCACACGCCACGCGGUGCAGCAGCACGGCACGAAGCUGCCAGCGGAGCCGGAACGGAUUCUCUCUCCGCUGCGCUGCAGUCGCACUAUGCGCUUGGCAAGGUCGCCGCCGGCGAUGCGCCAUCCAGCCGCUGCCGCAGCGUCCUUGAGCGCCUACUGCCGCUUCUGGAAAGUCAUCUCUCUGUGGUACAGCUGUGGCGCCAGCCGUCACUUCUCGCAGCGCUUGAUGUGCUUGCGCGAGGCUUCAUAGAGGCGGAGGACCGCGUGCAUGCCUCAUCCUCACGAGACGACACGGACAACGCGACACGCUGCCCGCUGUGUUACGCCGCGGCACUGGAUAAUGAGCUCGCAGUGGAGGCAUUCGUGCACCUUCGCUGCUACGCUGCCGCUUAUCAAGGCACAGAGGAUGCGGACGAAGACGCAGUAGCCCAGCACGGGCGGCAGCGACGAGACGGCCAUGAUGGCGCCGCGCUGAGCCCGUGCGAAGUUGGAUGGGUAGCUGCAUGUCGCAUCGCGUUGUGGAACAACUGUCGAGCCUCGCUGAAGCGCCUGUGCUGCCCGCCCUUAUUCUACUCAGCCACGUGGUGGCCGCUACAUCAAGGGGCGUGCGAAAGACCGGGGUGCGGGCAGCAGCAGCAACAGCAGCGGCGUCUGGAAUGGCGGCGACAUGCGGUCCUCGAGGCUCUCUGGGUCAGUUGGUGGCGCGCAGAGGUGUGGUUGGCCUCCUGUCCUUCUUCCUCCGAGAUCACAGGCACCACAGCUGAAAUUGCCAGGGACGCGGCAGGGCGCUGGCGCAGCGCACUGUUGUUCAUGCAAGUGGUACUACCCGCUGUUGAGGUAGCUGCACGUGACCCUGGCGUCGAGGACUCCGGCGUCGACGGUGGUACGACAGAGACGCACUUGAACUAUCAGCGAGCCAAUCGCGGUACGCUUCUUGCUCACCUCCUGCGGCUGCCGAUCGUAACAAGGCGCACACAGCCGGCGUUGCAGCCCCGCCGAGAUCAGAACAGAGAGAACAUCCACGCCGCUGACACCUACAGCGGAAGCGUCUCCGGCACGGUGUUUCACUGGCUCUCACAGCAUGGCGAUGCGCCGUUGCUGACUCUUCUCUGCUAUAUGCUCGGUGGCCGCGUCGCGGCGAUGGCUGUGGACGACGCGCUCUUGGGGAGGCCGACUACCGCCCUAUCCGCUGUGAAGGCACCUGCCGAAACCCCGAAUGGGCCUCACGUCGUCAGACUUGGCGCCGUGCAUGGGAAGGACGAGAAGGUAGGCGACCACCGCAGCCACAGAGCGGCUUUGCCGGCGCCAGAAACAGCAGUGAAGGGUGCUGCGGCAUUAAUUAGUCGCUCGGUGGGCCAGCCGGCCUCCACACGCCCGGCUCGAAGCUUGUGCAGCUCCGUCUCUUCCGUAUGGAGCUUACACCUGAUGGACACGCUCGGCCGAAAUGCCCUCGAUGUCGCAUGCAGGCGUCAGCAUCUGCCGUGUGUGCGCCUCCUUCUGCAGGCGGGGCUAUCACCGAACUCCCUCACAACCCUCGUGUCCGACAAGUGCGUUGACUCUCUGCCGCUGCCGUUGCUCAAGCUGCUCUACGACCCCUCCCUUCUCGAAGGAGCGGACAGCAGUGGCAGUACGCCGCCCAUAGGACUGGCGGAGCGUCUGCAGCAGUCGACUUGCCCCGCCGCGGCUGCCUCUCGCACCCUGGCGCAGCUCGCGUUCCGGCUGUGGACCGAGAAAGUGCGGCAGGUAUCCAUGGCCCCGCAGGCAGCCGAUGACGAGGGCUUUGCGCUGGAUCAGUGGCUCCGUGCCUACGCGCGGUGCCAAGCGUCCCAGGAUCGCGUCUUACGGCCCGCGAUGGCAGCACUGGAGUUCGACGCCUACGAGCCCACUGCCCGCCUUGUUAUGUUGUCCGUACUGACGCGUAAGCUGAACGACUGGUUGACCACCACGCCACCGUCCGUGCGCUGCAGUGCGAGUAACAUGCCGGUGGGCAGUACCGUCAGCCUGCAAGGUGCUGAGCCGUCGAGUUGGUCCUUUUCCACCCCCUCCCAGGCGCAGCCGGCGCCACCCUCCCUUCGGCAAGUGCGUCUGCAGCAUACAGUCGCGCUGCGUCUGUACACGCAGCUUACGUGCCCACUUGGUCGCACGUUGCUGCGUCGCGCUGUUGACGCGCGGUGUGCCGUGUGUGAUGCCCUCGCCGCACGCGGGGAUAGGGUAGCCCCUGUACCCAUCUCCACCUCUGCCAUUGCGCUCACUCCAUCGACUGCUGACGCGGCGAGUGGCGGCGACGAGGGAACCGAGAUCAUGAAGAGGCGCGCGGCAGUGAAUCUCACCGCAGCGUCCGUGCCGCUGGUUUCAGUGGCCUCGUCGCUUGCGCUAUUGGAGCCCGUCAAGUCUCGCCAGGAGCUGCGGGACUUCUACGAGCGCGUGCUUGCGGACGCCCACGCGCUCGACGCACGUCUUGUCGCCGAGCAUCAGGAGAGCAUAUCUGCAGUGGAGAGAAGUGGUGGAUCGAAACGGCACUGCCGCCACAGUAGAACUCCUCCGCGGCACCUGCACGCCUACCCGGAUGCUACUACUGGAGUCGCAACUGUGCUACGUGGACUUCAUCAUGAGCCCCACACAACCUUCAUGCGGCGUGCCCACCGACGCGAUAGAGGACACGAUGACGGUGUGUCCGCCCUCUACGCUCUGGCCGUGAUCCCGUCCGCGGAUGUGUUGCAGUCAGCACGCUGGGUAACCAGCGAAGAGUCGCGAAAUGCCCAACAGCAGCAGUCGCAGCAGCAAUCAACGGCGCAGCGCUCCACCGCAGGCGCACACAGCGUCGUUGAACCGACGCUGUGGAGCUUCACGAGCACGCCACAGCAUGUCUGGCUGCGACUGCCAGACGGAGUCGACUUUGACCGUCUCUUACGCGAAAAUGGAGGUGGUGGCUUUGGAGUGGUCGCCGACGAUAUGCCGCCCACGGCGCCGGUGCAGCGUGGCGACCUCGUCACAUUUCGCUGCAGCUGCUGCGGUGAUGGCGCCGGUGGAUUGGGUGAUGCCUCAGCGAGGGAUGCGCAGCAGCAGAAGGACCUGAACGCAGAAGAGCGCUGCCGCAGUCCGCAGUUCGUUGUUCAGCAAGUCUUCUCGGAGCGGCGCACGCUACCAUACCUCGCGUGGAAGAGCGCGACGGCAGUGGACAACGACCGUCAGCACCAGCCGCCUCCUGCAAGUCUGGUGCUCCCGUACGCUGCGGCGUCUCAGCGCAUAAGCAUCGCCACAAAUCCACCCCGGGAUAGCAUCACACUGCACGCCUGCUGCUUGCCGGUGUCUUACGUCGUGCGGAUGACGUCUGCGCAGCUACACAACAGCCACCCACUCGACUGGCUACUGCAGACACGUCAUGUUGCCACGUCUUCUCCGCGUGCCUCUGAAUCGGACUUGUUCGACGUGCUCACGACGUUACAGUCGAGCGCGGAGUGGACUGCGCGGUGGGCACAGACGGUUUGGGCAGGCUACCAACCGUGUUGGCUGGAGGAGAGGAUGCACCCAGCCCGUGACGGCAGUGGCACCUCUCAAGGUCCCAGCGACAAGGUGGCGGGGGGUGCUGUGGCGCUGCUUGGCAGCGUCGACAGCCCACGCAAGUGCGAGAAACAACCAAGCAGUAACAACCCAAAUUGUUGUCACGGAGACAACGGACGCGGUGCUGUACGCCUUACGGAUCCCUUCUUCACCUGGGAGGACACCGGCCCUGCCGACGCCCACGACCGUUUCCUCGCCUGUGAUGGGCGGCGCUCUCUGCGCGUUCGUUUGACCUCGACGAGCUGCGGCGCUGCACCACACGAGACGCAGCGUCUGUCUGUCGAGGUGGACUGGCCUUCUCGAGCGGAGGGGUGCAGCGCGGUGGCCACCGCCGAUGUGGUGGUGGGCAGUGCCACAGUCAUGUGA